AUGAACAUGAAUCUAGUAGUUUAGAGACAGAAAGAAGCAGUUGGAUAUUUAUAAGUGUGCUUGAUUGCUAUAGUAGCCCAUAUAAAAUUGAGAUUUUCUGUGAGAUCACCGAAAAAACAAGAACUUACGAAAUUUUGACGAAACUAUUUUAAAGUUUAUCUGAGACAGUGGAAAGAAAAAGAGAGACCAACUUGGAGACCACACAACCUAACCAGCUCCAUCUGGUCACUUCAGGGGGAACACGGUUCAGCCAUUCGGAUCUAAUCAAGUGUAUUGUUUUUCUGACGCCUUCCUGAUAAUGGGAUCAGAUAAUGGGACUAGCUCCUUGGAGAACGUGACAAACAGUAACAGCAUUGUGAGUAACAAUAUCUCUGUUACCUUUGGGGCCCUCAUCCUCAGCAUCGUCUUCCUCCUGGGUGUUCCUGGCAACCUCUUCAUUAUCUGGAGCAUCCUGGCACGUGCCCGCAAACGUUCUGUCACUACCCUGCUCAUCCUCAACCUGGCUUGUGCAGACGGUUGUCUGAUGUGUCUGACGAUUUUCUUUAUAAUAUACCUAGCCAAGCAGAACUGGAUAUUUGGAACGGUCAUGUGCAAGCUGCUUUUUUACUUGUGCAAUACAAACAUGUAUGCUUCUAUUAUGAUCAUUACACUGAUGAGUCUACACAGACUAGUGGCAGUGAUGUGGCCCAUAUACUUGACUGCCUGCACUCGUAGACGGACAGUAUUACUUGUGCUUGGGGGCCUGUGGAUUGUCGUAUUUCUUUUGGCACUUCCUGCUUUAAUAUUCAGACGAACAGAGAAGAAUUACAAUGGGAAGGAACGCACUGUGUGUGCAACUCAUCACCAGCAUGGAGUAUUUCAAUACACACUUGAAACAGUGGUGGGCUUCCUGGUGCCAUAUGUGAUCAUAGUCAGCAGUUAUGGGUGUAUCCUUCGCCGCCUCAGACAGACCAUGUUCAAGAGAAGGAUACAGAGUGAGAACCUUAUUCAAGCCAUUAUUGUGACGUUCUGCAUUUUUUGGCUUCCUUACCACUGUAUUAAUAUAGUGCAAGUAGCAGCAGCUCUUACAUCAGAUGGAUCACUCAAAAAGAGGCGAGUUGAAGAUUUUAAAGUAUGGUCCACAGAUAUUUCACCAACAGAACAGAACCAUUGUGACCACUUUCUCUGUCUAUCCCCAGACUGGAUAACAUCUGGCAGUCCAGCCGUGUGGUUACGUCCGCUUUGGCUUUUAUCAGUAGUUGUGCCAAUCCUGUCCUCUACACCUUUGCUGGACGCUCCUACAUCAAAGCUGACGGCUUGGCAUUCAUGGCCAGACUCUUUGAGGGCACUGUCCUGGACUAUGGUGCACAGAGAAGCCGUCAGAACAGAGAUGUCAUCAAGCUCUAAACCUCAUUGGAGCACAGACAGAAAAAUGAAUCUUGGACAAUAAAUUGGAUUCUUUUGCAUCAGUUUGUAUUGUGACCGAUACUGUUGGGAAUAAACAGGUCAACAAUUUCAACCAAAGGGAAAGCAGCCUAAAGACCUGUUUUUUUUUUUAUUUGAUUUAACGCCAUAAAUGAGCUAUAUGCAGCUUGCUUUCAUUUUGAAUUAGCCUUCAAGUUUACAAACUGCUGAUACAGAAUUACCCCCAUUUGAAGACUGCAUUGCCGUUAUACAUUCAUUGGAAUAACCAUGGUAAAUCCAGACUUGCAUUCUGUGUAUAUAGAAAAUCUUUGCAUUACCUCUUGUGAAUUUGUACAAAGAUUGCAUUAAUACUUAAAACACCAGUGUAUACAUUUACAUGUUUUAGUCAUAUUGUGAAUUCACUUUUUGAAAGUACAAACUCAUGCAGGAAUCACACCUUUAUGGUCUUGUUGGAAAUAUUUAAAACAAUUAAAUUUGGUUUAAAAACAGUUUAUGCAUAAAGCUACUAAAGUAGUCACACACACAUGAAAUGAAACACCCAAUCUCUUUUUAUAGCGGACUUUAAAAUUCAUUGCUUGUACACGAUCCACACCAUGAAUCAGCCAUGUAUUUUAAAAUGAGAAUUUAUUGUAGCAGUUUCAAAUCAUUACAUCACUGACUGACAGUAUAUUGCUGGCAUCUUUCUGAGUUCCAAGGAUAGCAAGCACAUGGACAUACUAUACUACAAGUUACAAUUAUAUACUAUAGUUUUCUACGAAAUAAUUGGGUUUUUAAAAUAAAGGUCAGUGGACUUCAUUAAAAUCCAUAGAAGUCAGUCUGGUCACAUGAAGGAAAUGCCUAUUAAAAAAAAAAAAAAAAAAAAAAAAAAAAGGAAAAUGUGAUUAAUAAAAAAAA